UUAUAAAGUAUUUGAAAUGUUUAAAUCUAACUUAGGUGAGUCAUGAGUAUAUAAACUUCCUUUUAAAAAUCAUGUAAAUAAUAAUGUCCACAAGUGUUAGUAUGAGCUGUUAAGAAGCUCAAAGAAAUUCUGUAUUGGAUAUACAACUCAGUUUCUUCUAAGACAGUUUCUCGCACGUUGAGUCCUUCAAAGUGAGGGCAAAUUGUCCAGUACGCCCCUGAGUGCUGCGGCCUGCAGAGUGAACCGAGUUGAGAACAGAGAGAGAGAUUCGGAAGCAGUUAAUGGAGAGAAACACAGAGGACGGGGCCUCGUUCAUUCGGACAAAACAGUCCAGUCAGCCAGAAAGCAGCCGGCUAGCUGUGCAGAUUAAUUAGGAAGUCUUGCAUGUAGAUGAUGAUGGCUGGGAGAGAUUUUUUUUUAAGGGUGCUUGGACCCUGGAGCUAAAGAAGUUCAGGGGGUGGCUUACAGAAAGCCUCAUCCUGAGCUGAAACUGGGUGUUCAGCCUGGAGCUUGACAAGAUACCGUAGUGUUAAAAGGGUGGUUAAGUUUGAGUGCUGGGAUAACCUUGGAACUGAAAAACCUGAUUUACUGUAUUAUGAUGAAUUCUGAAAAUCUGUGCCCCUGUUAAUUAUGGGGCUGAAGUUUAGAGCUGAAUUUUUUCCCCCGUUGGUCAAGUUGCUCUGCUCAGGUGACGUGAGAAUACUCGUUAUUGAGGAAAUAAAGAUCAGGUUCUCAGGUUCCAAGGGGAGACAUACCAGAUCUCUCAAAGGCUGUAUAGAAACUUAUCAGGACUAGGUUGCUGACAGCUCAGCGGGUGGGUGCCUGUUCCACCAGCUGCUGCAACCAGCCAGGUUCAGAAAUGUCAGAUAUCCUCCAAGAGCUGCUCCGAGUCUCUGAGAAAGCUGCCAACAUUGCCCGGGCGUGCAGGCAGCAGGAAGCCCUCUUCCAGCUGCUGAUAGAAGAAAAGAAAGAGGGAGAAAAGAACAAGAAGUUUGCAGUUGAUUUCAAGACCCUGGCUGAUGUACUGGUACAGGAAGUUAUCAAAGAGAAUAUGGAGAACAAGUUUCCAGGCUUGGGGAAAAAAAUUUUGGGAGAAGAAUCCAAUGAAUUUACUAAUGAUUUGGGGGAAAAGAUUAUCAUGAGACUGGGUCCAACAGAGGAAGAAACAGUAGCUCUUCUCAGCAAAGUCCUUAAUGGUAACAAACUGGCAUCUGAGGCCUUAGCCAAGGUUGUGCACCAGGACGUUUUCUUCAGUGACCCAGAGCUGGAUUCAGUAGAGAUCAACAUUCCACAGGACAUCUUGGGAAUCUGGGUGGAUCCUAUAGAUUCAACUUACCAGUACAUAAAAGGCUCUGCCGACGUCACGCCCACCCACGGAGUCUUCCCCACUGGACUCCAGUGCGUCACUAUUCUAAUUGGUGUCUAUGACGUGCAGACAGGGGAGCCUCUCAUGGGAGUCAUCAACCAGCCUUUCGUAUCACAAGACCUACGCACCCUCAGGUGGAAAGGACGGUGCUACUGGGGCCUUUCUUACUUGGGGACCAAUAUCCAUUCCCUUCUGCCUCCCGUCUCUACAAGAAACAACAGUGAGAUGCAGAGCCAAGGGACCCAAAACCCCAGCUCCGAAGGCUCCUGCCCGUUCUCAGUGGUCAUUAGUACCAGUGAAAAGGAGACCAUCAAGGGCGCAUUGUCACGUGUGUGUGGAGAGCGCAUCUUCCGGGCAGCUGGGGCUGGUUACAAGAGCCUCUGUGUGGUCCUCGGCCUCGUUGACAUUUACAUCUUCUCAGAAGAUACCACGUUCAAGUGGGACUCCUGUGCUGCCCACGCCAUCCUCAGGGCCAUGGGUGGGGGGAUGGUGGACUUAAAAGAAUGCCUGGAAAGAAAUCCUGACACGGGCCUUGACUUGCCGCAGUUGGUGUAUCACGUGGGAAACGAAGGCACUGCUGGAGUGGAUCGGUGGGCCAACAAGGGAGGACUCAUCGCAUACAGAUCAGAGAAGCAGCUGGAGACGUUCUUGAGCCGCCUCCUCCAGCACCUUGCCCCUGCGGCUACACAUACGUAGAUGAGCUCCGUCCUCCUGGGCUCCGCAGCCCAACCGUGGACCUAAUUUCCACAUCUCUUGUCUUUGAAGACAGCUUUGUCCUAUUGACAGUCAACAUUCACCUUCCUCUUUGGGGGAGCAUUUUUCCAUUAUGUGUUCAUAAUGCUAAUAAAUGAAUGAUAUUCAUGCAGCA